AUGAACGACUCCUACGCCAUGGCUGGUGCUGGUGAGAACCAUCGUCGCUCAGAGAGCUCAGAAGGCUUGAUGGGCGAAGACAAGACCUUUUCUUGCACGCACCCUGGGUGCAACAGACGCUUCACUCGAGCUGAGCAUAUGCAACGUCAUGCUCUCAACCAUAUGCCUGGCGGGUUGAGCUGCGAUUUGUGCAAUGCUCACUUCAAGCGACCUGAUCUGUUGAAACGGCAUAUGGACCGUCACCGCCAAAAAGAUCUCGAAGCAGGCGGACCAGGCUGCGGCGUUUUAGACACACGAAAGCGAUCUUGGAAGGCCCCGGACGGGUCUGUUGUAGAAAAGCGGCCCUGCCCGAAUCCGUCUGGACGGGGCCGGGCAUCGGGAGGAAAAGAGCGUCCUCAAGCUCAACAAGUUCCUUCACCUGACCCGGAACCCCACGACGGGGAUCAUAGUCUAUCCGGCUUAGACAUUGAGCCAGACCAAGACUACUCCAUCGACAACAUAUCACCAGAGUUUCACAGGCGCUCAACCUUGGAUCUUCGGCCAGGAAGCCAGAGCGACGCUCAACAGUAUUCCAUUGGACGUCAAGACGUUUUCAAUCCAACUGAACCUGUCACCAACUUCUCGGGGUUCCCUCCUUCUUUACAGUUUUCCGAUUUUAUAGGAUCGGAGAGCCACUUCGAUAUCAAUACGACCCAGUCCAGUAGCUGGGGUGAGACAUCAUUCAUGAGCGAACAGUUGGACUACGAUCAGAUCUUCCAACCCGACACUGCCAGCUCCUUUAAUAUGCCAUACACGACUGCGCUGGAUUACAACUGGCUAUUCAACAUGCAAGAAAACUCAGCCCCCACCGCAGCAUCGAGACCUUCGAACCUAGUGCAAGACUUUGGAACUCACAUGGCAAACAAUCAAUCCCAACCUAAAUCGCAAGCAAACGUCGCCAUCACACCGGAGUCGAUGAAGAGCGCACAGCUGUGGACAGAGCCCAUGGAGAUGACUAGCAAGGAUCAGGAGAGACAGAGGUCGUCCGAUCCACCAAGCAACACCUCAACAACCGCUAGUGAAGCUGCCAGACGGCAAGCGAUGAGAAACUCCAGGGAGAGGAGCUCAGAUAUCGCGCAGUUUCGAAGACCUAGCGAUGCGCCAUCAGCAGCUCGGCAGCGUUACCCUGCACCCAGCCGGCCAACUCCGACCGAACCAGAAAGACCACUGUCUUCCUUGAGGAAGCCGCUUACAAUCCCUCCUAUUGGCGAAGAUGUGAGAGAGAGGCUGUUAAACGUCAUUGACGGCGCCAAGCCCAACCUGCCUGACCAACGCGCCACAAUAUGGGAGCACCCGUUACUAUCAGCGGACUCACUAAAGUCGUAUCUGGAGCUAUUCUUCACUCGCUUCAACACCGCAUACCCACUCAUCCACCUAGAAACAUUUGACUGCAAGAAUACCGAACCUUUGCUACUGUUGUCCAUCCUGCUGUUAGGUGCUACGUACUCGAGCAAAGACUGUCAUCAACUUGCUGUUUGCAUACAUGAUGUAAUCCGGCCGAGCAUCUUUGCCCAUGCCGGAUUCUCACCUAGGCCAGAGCUCUGGACAUUGCAGACAAUCCUGCUGGUCGAGUGCUUUGGCAAGUCGCGUGCCGGUCAGAAACAACACGACAUGAGCCAUUUGUUCCAUGGACUUCUGAUCAAUCUCAUUCGCCGUUCCGAUUGCCAGACUGUGCGACCGCCCGGUCCGCCACCAGUCUCGGGCGAAGAUAACGCCGGCAUCUUGGACCAGGCAUGGAGGAAGUGGGCCGAUGCGGAGCAGAAGAAAAGGUUGGCCUUGCUCUGUUUUAUGUGGGAUACGCAGCACGCAGUUCUCUUCUGCCAGAGUCUCUGCAUGUCAGCUUUUGAGCUCCGACUGGAACUACCGUGCAGCCAGAGCAUAUGGGAAGCUCGGGAUGCCGCAUCAUGGGCGUCGGCAUGGCGCUCAAGUCUUAGCGACCAGAGGUUGUUCUACUUGCCCACUCUGAAAUCUUAUCUUACACCUUCAGCCCCGCGACCAGCUGGCCUCACUGGAUUCUCGAGGAUUCUUGUUCUUCAUGGCUUGAUGUCCAUCUCUUGGGACAUGGGCCGGCGUGAUCAGACGGCUCUAGGUGUCGUCUCGGGAGAUAGCUUCGGGAUGGGCUGGCGCAAAUUGCUGAGCACCGCCUACGACGCAUGGAAAAACGACUUUGAUGCAUUCUGCAGCAGCUUCGCGUCCCAAUUACAACGGGGAUCUGCCUCCCAGGCCCAGGGAGUUCAACGGCAGGAGGGCGACGAAGAUAUGACUCGGAAAGUGGAGUUCGAGUCGUUCGCGGCAGCAUACAAGGCUCUCUAUCAUUCAGCACAAGCUUUACUCAACAUGGACUUCUUGGAUGUUCAGAUAUACGCUGGUGCUCGUCACAUCCUCGGUAGGCCAGUACAGCAACGAGACUACCACAGAUCCGCACAGGUUGUGAAGAAAUGGGCUGCGUCAGCUUGCGAGACACAGCAGCAGCAGCAAAACCACCCACUCGUCCCAAGACAAGAUCGAGGAGGGGCUGCCGACACCAACGCCGACCAAUCCAAGCAAUCCGCGUCCGAAGCAGCAUGGCACGCGGCGAGAAUGCUAGUCGAAACCAAGAGAACGCUGAACAGCAUGGAGGCCAUGAACCUCUUCCACGUGCCGUGGUGUCUGUACCUGGCGACGCUUACCUGCUGGGCCUAUCACCACGCGCGACCUAGUCGAUCGUACGGGGCAUCUUCGCGGCGGGCGUUUGACGCCUUUGAUGAUGAGGAUGACUUUGAGGACGACGAGAUGAUUUGGGAUCCGCAAGGUGAGAUGGAGGCUCUGGUUGCGAGCAUGUCGGAGCGCGCGGUACGGGGCGAGGUCGCUCUACGGAGAGAGCGGAAGAGGACGAAUGGCUUGGUUUGGAUUAUGGCGGACGUUUUGACGACGGUGAGAUGGGGGAUUGUGCACGCUGGCGUGGUGGUGUUACGGGGUCUUGUGCCUCAGCGCCUGAUCAACCAGUAUGAAGAGGUUAUCUAG